AUGCCGAGGCAUAUGAAGCUGCUCGUGACGUCUGCGAGUGUCAAACGUACCUUGCUUUUAAGUCUUGACACUGGGCAGGGAAGAUCGGUCGACCGGCGAUACCUUGGCAAGUUAUUAGCCCCAGGAACUCUUGGGAAAAUGGGGCUUUCAGCUGCUGGGAACCACCUUUACUUUGUAGAGAAGAGAGCUUGCAGUGUGCGCUGCAUCGCGCUGAUCCGAGCUCCCGCGCGGGUCCCGAAACCUGAAAGGCUUUCUCGCUCUACGGAAUACCUAUGCUGA